AUGGCGCAAGGACAAGCAGCACGGGCCACGAGGGAGGCCGUGCCUCCGGUGUCCCGUGUGGCCAUCAUCGGCGGCGGGAUCAGCGGCCUGGCUGCGGCGAAGCAGAUGGCGGCCUACGACCCCGUGGUGUUUGAGGCGACGCCGUCCGUCGGCGGGGUGUGGAAGCACUGUGUCUACCGCACCACGCGGCUGCAGACGCCGCGCCCGGACUACGAGUUCUCCGACUACUCCUGGAAGAACCGCGACGACCCGUCGUUCCCGACCCACACCGAGAUCGUCGACUACCUCGAGGGCUACGCCGACGAGUUCGACCUCUGGCGCUACAUCUCGUUUGAGUCCAAGGUGGUGGACAUCAAAUUGCUCGGCGGCGCCGAGGCCGGGUUCACCGAGCUGUGGAGCGGCACCGGCAAGGCUCCGCUCCGGGGCAAGCCCAUGUGGGAGGUCGGCAUCGUCACCGGCGACUCCAACACCGUUCAGGUACCAAUUAUUACAAGUUCGAGUUCGUGGUGA